CGAACACACAGUAAUACUGUUGUGUAUGUAUUGACAGUACAGUGAAGUGUACUGAAUAUACAGCACCAAAAAAAACACACAUUUAUCAUAUAAAACACAUAUUCAACACAUUUAUCAUUAAUUAUUGCAUUAAAAUAAUGAGUGAAAACCAAUUGAGAGUCAGAUUUAUAUCAAAUAACAGCAAAACAUCGCAUAAUAAACGCAACGCUAUGUUCAACACGAGUAGUCACGUGACCACCGAUGACAACACCACUACCACCACAGCUGACGAGCGCCACAACCAUCGCCACCGACGACAACGACCACACACUGGCCGUAGACAACAGCCAAUGAGACGCCAGUACGACGACGAGGAGGUGGAGGAAGGGGUGGACGACGUGGACGUGACGGACGAUCGCAAUCACAUCCCUGUCGACGGCAGCGAUGAUGACGACGACGAGGAGGAAGGGCUGGAGGGCGAGGACAGGGAUGCGCCCGAAAAGAGGUUCACAACCAAUGAUAGGCGCGAUAUCAUUGAGCUGUUGUACUCGGAGGACGUGAUCAAGUAUUCAAAGGCCAACACUAGCGGUGCUGCCGGUGGUGUCGGUGUCAGUGCCGGUGAUCAUCACCGCAACCAUCAGUACCUCUCCUACAGCGAUGACGAGUCCGCUGACGAUGGCAUCGGCGGUGACGACACCAGACGUCUGAUGCAUUCGUACGCCAACGACCGGAAGCCACUGCUGGACGGCUCGUCGCCCGGAACCGCUCUCAAGAAGUUCGCGCAUAACAAACGCCAGACCCGCGCCUAUAAGACAGACCUUCCGUACCAUUCGUUUGACGCCGACGACGAUGAGGACGACGAAGAGGGCGCCAUCACUGGUCACAAGACCUCCUCAUCCUCUGCUACCUCUCCCUAUGACGAGACACUAUUGUCGCUGUAUUUUCAAGUGUUUGUGCCGUUUCUGAUCGCCGGCUUCGGCACAGUUGGCGCCGGACUCGUCUUGGAUUACGUCCAGCAUUGGGAAGUGUUUAAACAAGUGACCGAAGUGUUCAUAUUAGUGCCGGCGCUGUUGGGCCUCAAGGGUAACCUCGAGAUGACACUCGCCUCCAGACUGUCCACUCAGGCCAACUUGGGUCGCAUCGACUCCGGCCGCGAGCAAUGGCUCAUCGCGUCCGGCAAUAUAGCCCUCAUUCAGUGUCAGGCAACUAUUGUGGCCUUUUUAGCCGCCAUAUUCGCCAUAACCAUGGAUUGGCUGCCCGAAGGCGAGUUCAACUUCUCGCACGCCAUACUUCUGUGCGCGUCCAGUCUCUUGACGGCCAGUAUCGCCAGUUUCCUACUCGGUUUAUUGAUGAUAGUAGUGGUGAUUGUGUCCCAUAAAUGCCAUAUAAAUCCCGAUAAUGUGGCCACACCUAUAGCUGCAUCACUGGGCGAUUUGACCACAUUAGCCCUAUUCGCACAAUUCAGUGAUAUUUUGUAUUAUACCGUCGACACUAAUCCAUGGCUGAGUUGUAUGGUGUGCGUCGUAUUCCUCCUAUUAGUGCCCGUUUGGUGUUAUAUCGCCAAAAACAACAAAUACACGCGAGAAGUGCUGUAUAACGGCUGGACGCCAGUCAUCAGCGCAAUGGCCAUAUCCAGCAUCGGUGGCUGUAUACUAGACUUUGCCGUUUCCCGAUUCAAAGGCAUCGCUGUCUUCCAACCAGUAAUCAAUGGUGUGGGCGGAAAUCUGGUGGCCGUUCAGGCGAGCAGAAUAUCCACUCAUUUGCAUAAGACAUGCAAAUUAGGAGUUUUGCCAAAAAACAACUCCAAACUGUGUUUCAAUCCGUGCGCCGCCUUUUUCAGCAAAACAAUACACGCCCGAACCGCUCGCGUACUGCUAAUGAUGGUAAUCCCGGGUCACCUGAUCUUCACGUACGGCAUACGAUUCCUGAAGGCCGGCCACACGUCCGUCACGUUUCACUUUCUGGUCAUCUAUUUGUUGGCCGCAUUGAUUCAAGUGAUUCUUCUGCUAUACUUUGCCCACACGAUGGUGUUGUGGAUGUGGAAGAAGUCUAUCGAUCCCGACAACUCGGCCAUCCCUUACUUGACGGCGUUGGGCGACCUCUUGGGCACCGCUCUGUUGGCGAUGGCUUUCGUAAUACUCUUCUCGAUCGGCGAUAAAGACUCGGAUGUCGGCGAUUGAUGUCCAGCGGAGAGAGUGAUAGCCAUUAGUUUUUUGAAUUGAAAUUUAGCCGAGAAUUUGCAUUACAUUUGAAUAUACAUCAGAAUCUCGAGGCCUUUUUCACCGAGAUUUGGUUGGCAUUUGAAUUUACCAUUGAAUUAACACGUG